AUGUGGAAUGAACUAUUUAUUGCCUACAGCGUAUUUGCGGGUUUCGCGUUAUCGAACGUUAUACAUGUCUGCAUGCGCGGCUUGGAUUCGUACGAAAGCACCUUAUUCGGCAACCUAGGCAUGGACGGCCAAAGAUCAAUGCAGAUAUUGGGAGUAUGGCUGGCCGCUACAAUUUGGUGGAUAACGACACGUGCACAGAGGACUGAAGAAGAAAAAGCAUCAAUUUAUGGUUUGCAGCAUGGGCGACUGCAUGUGCAGCUUCCUACUGCCAUGUGGAUGAACAUGGGCUACUGGAGAAAACAUGCUACUUCGACAACAUUGAGCGAAGCAUGUCGCGACUUAUUAAAAGCUGUACUUACUGAGGCUGGAUUCCCAAACCAUGAAGGACGAACACAACGAAGAAGAUUCUUGCUCGACCUGGGCUUCGGAUGCGGUGAUCAGACUAUCUAUCUCAUGAGCAAAGAACCUAUACGAGCGUGCGAUAAAGACUGGUGGGAUGAACGAGAUCGCUGUGUCACGUUCAACCAUUAUAUUGGAAUCACGAAAGACGAAGUACAGGCUCGAUAUGCGUCUGAGCGAGUUGAGGAACUCAAACAGAACGAAAGCUCCACGAUAUCGCUCUUCUGCGCCGAUGCGUCAAAACCGAAGCUAUGGAACGAAGGGCUGCAAAACUCAAUACGACAGGCAAGAGCAAAUUCGGAUGAGGGGUGGAUAUUGGCAUUGGAUACAGCAUACCAUUUCGCGCCCUCACGUUGGCCUCUCAUCGAACACGUCCACACAGAACUCGAAGCCAACUACAUGGGCUUCGACCUAUGCCUUUCUCCAACCGCAACAUGGACCCAGAGGACUAUGCUUCGUCUUCUCACUGCACUUAUGGGCGCUCCUUGGGCAAACUUUAGCACACCACAAGCGUACCGCUCGAAGCUCGAGCAGGUGGGAUACAAGUCUGAAGCAAUAACCAUCACGGAUAUAACAGAGCAUGUCUUCGCGCCACUGGCAGUAUUCCUUAAAGAGCAAGACAGUAGACUCAAAAUGUUAGGCCUCGGCAUAGGACGCUUCGGUGUUGCAAAGUCCAUGUUCAGCUGGUGGGGAAGGACCGGAGUCGUGCGUGGCGUUAUUGUGAUUGCAAAGAAAUGA